CAAAAAUUGGGGAAUAUGGAUAUCCGGAUCCUAUCUCCACCGCUACUUCCAAAAAUGAAAAAAAGGAACUUCGUGUAACACGGACAGUUAAUGUCAAUGGUCUUCCACUUGCUUCGUGUUCAGCAUUGAUCGAAAAUUUGGAAUCAAUUGAGCAAUGGAUUCUGGAGGCGCACCGCAAGGUUGCAAAUGAAAAUGUCAAUCAUAAUAGUCAUUUAUCAAGUCCAAACCAUAGUUUGAAUAAUACAGCUUUGUUAAGUGCGAUCAGAAAUGAUGAUACGAGUACUUUUCAUAAUUUAAUAGAUGAAAUGGUAUCAGAUAUCAAAACAGAAAAUGAGGAUGAAGUUUCUGAAAACAGAAUGAUCAAUCAAGCCAAUCCUGUUGUUCAAAAGAUUUUAAUAUCUAUGCUUUAUAAAGCGUGUUAUUACAAAGCCAUGAAUUGUAUUAAGCUACUAAUUGUGUCAGGUGUAAAUAUUCUUGAGGAAAAAGACAUUAACAAACGUUCACUGAUACAUAAGUUAGUAAUUAAUGGUGGCAUUUUACCCACAACAUCGCCUGCUGCUUCCCCUACUUUAGACAAUUCAUUUUUAUCAGAUGACCCAAGAAUCAUUUCCUGUAUUCUUGAGCAUCUCCCUAACCACACUCAGGCUUUCUCUGUAGAUAUUUAUGGUAAAAAUCCUUUGCACUAUGCUGCAAUUAAGGGAUUUGAGCGAAUAACAAAAACCCUCUUAGAGUAUUUAAUGAGAGUUGAGCAAUUUACUUUAGAAAUGGGUUUUAAUGACAAAGUAUGGUAUGAUGAUGAUGGGUAUACGCCAUUAUUCUAUGCAACCUUAAAUAACAAUGUUGAUGUAAUUGAUUGCAUCAUAAGAAUUGGUCAAGUUACGGAUGUGGACAAUUCCACUAAUGUUAGGGACACUUCUUUAGUGCCAAGAUUAAUGAAUUCUUCAACAUCUACCGCUACACAAACUUUACUUGCGAUAUCAUGUAAAUUUGGUCAUUAUUCGGUGGCUAAAACAUUGUUAAAUUACCGUGCAAAUCCCAAUAUACAAGAUGAAGAUGGAGAAACACCUUUGCACCUGGCGUCCAGAGGUGGUUUUACCGAUUGUUGUUUAUUAUUGAUAAGAGAACAUAAUGCUAAUAUGGAGAUCAGGGAAAAAUAUAGUGGAUGGACACCUUUAUUUUUAGCAGUGAUUGAAGGCCAUAAGGAAACAGUUGAAGCAUUGAUACAAUCAGGAGCCAUCCAUAAUAUUGCAGAUUAUUCUGGUUGGACUCCACAUAUGCAUGCAUUGUUUCGUGGUCAUCUUACUAUGAAGAACAUUUUACGUCCUUCGGGUGAAAUCAAUAUUCCUUCUCUUUCGACCAAUAAUGAGACAAUGGUAUCACCUCAAGAUAAUGUAUCUCGACAAGAAGCCUCUGUCAAUGUGAUGAAUCAAAAUAGGUAUCUCGAAGAUAAUUCAUUAAUAUUUAUUACACUUGGAACAACAGAUAUUCGUAAAGAUAUUGUUCCUAUUAAAUUUAAUGAUACAAUAAGUUUUGCAUCACCGGUUUCUAUUGUUGUUUGGGCCAUAAAUGCUACUGGAGAGAAGAUUACCAUUGACCUUCCUAUAAAGGAUAAUAUCGCAAUUGACCCGAUAAUGUUUUAUGCGCGAGAGCAAGAUAUAAAUGAUGUUACAUUAAUAUUUGAUAUAAUGCCAAUCUAUGGCCCUAGGAGACAAUUGAUAGGUCGUGCAACUGCUGCAUUACCAUCGUUUAAAACGUAUUCUGGACCGAAUCAUACUUCUCUUAUUGGAUGUGUCACAGUUCCUAUAUUAGGGUCAUUAGGGUUAGGUGUUGAUGUUGUUAUUGGCAAAAUUCAAUUUGAAUAUUUAGUCGUUAAACCCUUCAGAUUCGAAAAUUUAGAGAAUAGAACCAGGUGCAUAUGGGAAAGAUCGUCAGGUACCAAAGUAAUUGGUCAUCGUGGAAUGGGUGAAAAUAUUAAUUUUAGAGAAAAUUCAAGGUUACAGAUGGGUGAGAAUACAUUACAAGCUUUUGUAACAGCUGCCACCCACGGGGCCGAAUAUGUUGAAUUUGAUUGUCAAGUUACAAAAGAUCUUGUACCAGUCAUUUAUCAUGAUUGGUAUGUCACAGAAACUGGAUUUGAUAUUCCGAUACACUCUGUAACUUUAAAGCAAUUCCUUCGACUAAAGGAAAAAGAAAAUGAGGACAAUUCAGUAGAAGAAGAUUUUAACGAAGCUUAUUCAAAUGAUGAUUCAAGUAGUACACUUAGUUCAAAUUCAUCUGGAAAGCUCAAACGAUCCAAUAGUAUGAGUUCAAUUAACAAGGCGAAAUAUAGAAAAAUCGAUGAAAACAAUGUUGGAAAGUUAAAAGGAAACGGUGCUGGUACAAUUCAAGCACCUUUCACUAUAUUAGAAGAGACAUUCAAAGGAGUUCCCGUUAAUAUUGGGUUUAACAUUGAGGUAAAAUACCCAAUGGUUGUUGAAGCAGAAGAGUUUAAACUUCAUCCAUUUUAUACAGAAUUAAAUAGCUUUUGUGAUGCAAUUCUUAAAUGUGUAUAUGAGCAUGCUCAAUCAGAACGUAAAAUAAUUUUUUCAUCAUUUCAUCCGGAAAUUUGUUUAAUGCUUGCAUUUAAACAACCAAGUUAUCCUGUAUUGUUCUUGUCCGAUUGUGGCAUUUACAAUAUGGCAGAUGCAAGAUGUAAUUCCUUACAAGCAGCGAUUAGGUUUGCUAAAUUUGCUGGUUUGUCAGGAAUUGUUGCUAAUUGUAACCCUAUUAUUGAGGCUCCAGGAUUGACUAAAAUAGUUAAAAAAUCUGGAUUAUUACUUUUUACUUAUGGUAGAUUAAAUAAUGAUGUUGCUAACGCGCAAUUACAAAAAAGAGCUGGCGUAGAUGCUGUGAUUGUGGAUUCUGUAAAACAAGUAAAACAAGGGCUUGAACAAAUUGAUAAUGAGGAUCAAGCUCAAUAA